AUGGACUUCAUCUCCCAACUAGUGAUUCCAGCCCCACCUCCAUACUCUCCACCGCGAAGCAAUAGACCGACAGGAGGAUCAGAUGAACCUAUGUCGUCUGCUUCUGCUCCACCACAGGCAUAUCGUUCUUCCCCCGAGGCUCCACAUACCCCUCAUACCGCAGCUCCAAGUACUCCACACCCGAAUUAUCCUCCUCCGCCUGGUGGGCGAUCGAGAGCUGGGUCGAAUGAUAGGCCACUCGGGGUCUUGGCAUUCUCUAGGAGAUCGGUUAAUCAUCCUGAGAACCCCAGAAUGUCACCAGCUUCAAACAGGGAACCAAUACCACCAGUGCCGCCCAUUCCAAGAAGAGCUGUGGAACAAACUCGCCCAGAGACUGUGGACCCUGUUCCAGUCAAUAUUUUACCUCCGGGGUCACGUCGAGCUGCAUCUACAGGAGCUAUCAGUUCAGCAUCUCCGGCCCACUCGCGAGAUCCGUCUACUACUCGAUGGCAGCCUGGGAUGCCUUUACCUCCACCUCCACCUGGCCGUCCUCCACCCCCAAGAUCACAAAGUAUGACCCGUGCCACUGAUGCAAUAACCUCUCCCCCAACUCGAAGGCCACUUCCCGCGUCUUCUUUAGGUCCAGUCCCACCUACCCCGCUUUCGCCCCCAGUUCAAGCGUCUGCGGCAGCAUCGAAUUGGCCCAAUGAGACACCCGCGGCAUCACCUCCUCGGGACCGCUUAAAAAGUCCUGCGCUACACGUCGAUACUGCAAGCGUUACUUCUAGUACAGCAACCGAUUCUGUUUCCGGCUCAAGUUCUUCUAGUUUGACAAGGUCACGAGCUGUCCGUGGAGAGAAAACUAUCCGUGAAAGAAGAAGUGAAAGUAGAAAUGGCAGGACAGCUUACCCUGAAUCGGCAAUUGAGCAAUCAAAUAAUCCGUGGGCAGAAGCCAUUACUCCUAGUGAUAUCAAUGUACCCCUAGCGAGGCACAAGACUAUGACUAGGACAACCCCGAGAAGUGGAAGAUCGUCUAAUUAUUCUGAAACCCCAAGGUCAUCUCAAUCAACGCUACACAAUUUGACCACUCCAGAUCGCGUAAAUGGUUUUCUUACUGGCUCAAGGGGCUCAACUCCUAGGCCAGUGGCACAUACUCCGCCUUUCUCCCCCGAGUCCAUCAAGGCAACUACAGUAAUCCAUUCCCCAUCGGUUCCGCCAAAGUCUUCACCAACACCUCCGCCACAAUCAAUAAUGGUUAAAAAAACUCCCAAUAGCCGUCCACCCUCGUUGAUCAUCCCUAAGAAUGAUUUUGCAUUCAUUACUGCUUCGACUCCAUCUCGACCUGCCACUGGUAAAUCAAUCUCAAGUCAAGUGUCCCACAUGACACCCGCUGAUGACUUCGCUCGCUCUGCUGCGGAAAGACAUGAAAUAUUUGUUCAGAGAGAAGCCAGCGCUACAAAUGAUACAGACCGUGUUCGGAUUUUUGCAGAAUUUAUUGUUAAUGAAUCCAGAAUACGUCGAGACCGUUAUGCUUCCGCGAUUGACGCAAUGGGGUCUGAAAUUCUAGAUCUGACCCGAGAUUUAUUUCGACCUAAUGCUCGUAGAGACUCUACGAUGUCUUAUGGAAGUGAUUUCACACCCGAAUCGUCAGCCGCUCCAAGGUCUCAUAGGAGCUCGCUAGUGGGAGCCAUGAAAGAAAAUCUACGGUCGCAGCAUUCCGAACCAGGAUCUUCAUCAAGGCAACCUACAAGGCCUAGCUCAAGGUCGAAUUCAAGGCCUGGAUCCAGGGCCAAUUCAGCAGGUCCACCAUCUCCGGAGCCAGCACAACAAAAUCCACAAUGGUGGAGUCAGCCUGGGUACAUGCCCUCCUUAUCUCCAAUUCCUAGCAUGAGUGUUAGUGAGGCACUCGAUGGGGCAAGUUCAAGAGGAAGGCCUUCAAGCAGAUGGUGGGAGGUUAGUCAACAGGGAUCAGAUGGGGUUCCUUCAUCAAGAUUUGAAAGAUCAAAACGGGAAUCAAAGUAUAUGGGUAUGCCAAAGGAAUUGCGAGAGGCUUUACAAUUUGGAGAAGGAGAUCCACCUUCUGGAUCGCCAAUGGAGAAUAUGUUUGGAGGUCCAAGUAACCCUGCCCACUUGGGUCCGAAUGAGUACCCCCGAGAGAAGACUGGCUUUCACGAACCGAAUCAAGUCUCUCCCGUAUUUCAACCCAUAAUUCCACCAGCCCUCGUUCCACGGACACCCUUCACACCAAACCCGGACCACCUUGAUAUUUCAAGAUUAGUGACGUUGCCUCCACCGUAUCCUCGUCAUCACCCAGCAGUAAACAAUAAUCAUCCAGACCUCACGAGUAUCCGUACAACUGUUCGUAUGCUAAGCGACAUUGCCGAAGUAACUGCUACUAAAGAACGUUUCGUGCGGGAUAGUGCCCAGAUGCAGGAAGAUCAAAAGACCGCAGCCUCCAAACGACGAGCUUCAUUGCGUCUCCGCAUCCAGCGCGAUAUCGAGGUUGGAACCAUAUCAUAUGCUGAUGCUGCGGCCUACGAAGCAGAUGCUGUCACUAGCGAAUGUAUCAAAUCCAAGGAAGCCGCCAAAUCUAUAUUUGAACUCUUUCAAUCCCAAGUCGUCCUCCCCGUCAACGAGCUCCUCAUGACACGUAUUCAAUCAGCGACUGAUCUUUUUGAACAACUCAGAAGUAAACUCUUCAACGAUUCACAAGACCACAACCCUACUUCUACGCAGGAGGAAGGUGACGAACAACCAGAACUCAUUGAGAAAUUAACACUUCUAAAAUGGAUUUUUGAAGCUCGUGAACAACUUCACCGUGAGGUCUACGAAUUACUCUCGGAUCGCAAUGAUCGUUACAAAGAAAUGAUAAUCACACCCUACCGUCUCUCCAACAACGUUGAAAAGGUCCGCGGCGCCGAAUCCUUCUUCGCAGAAGAUGCUCAAAAACGCAAACAAGCAUUCGAAUCCGAGAUUCUCAAACGCACCGAAGAAUUCAUGGAUAUCAUUGAAGAAAACGUCGUUCGUGGCGUGGAAGUUCAACUCGGUGCUUUCUGGGACAUUGCUCCUUCUCUAAGUCGCUUGAUUGAACAAAUCCCCAAAGACGGCGAUUUGAAAGGCUUCAUGAUUCAGAUCCCCAAAGACGAAUACGAAGAAAAUCCAAGCUAUUAUGAUUUUCCCAUGCAAUAUCUAUACACCCUCAUAGUCCACGCGGGUAAAUCAACAUAUCAAUUUAUUGAGAGCCAGACAAAUUUACUGUGUCUGUUGCAUGAAGUCAAAGUGGGAGUAACGGCAGCAAAUUGUAGAUUAAUGGGCACGCAGCGAAUAGCUCAAGGAGAAGCGAAAGAAGAAGUAGAAAGGGAGUUGGAGGCGGUGAAGAGCGAGGAAGAGGGAAGACUGACGGAUGAUUUGAAGGAGAAAGUUAAGGUUGUGGAGGAACUUUGGAGGAGUGGAUUAGGCACUGAGUUGGACGGGGCCAGGGGCAGGAUCUUAAACUGGUUGAAGAGUGUUGGGGGUGAAUUACCGCCGGAUGAUGAGGUGUAG